ACCAAAUAUGCAAAGUCCAUUAUUACAAGAGUGUUGUUAGAUUUAGAUUUUGGACGGAGCUUUCAAUUUAUCCACCCUCGUUUCCAUCGACAACAAACACUCACACUCUUCAAAACCCCAUUCAUUCAUCACAUUCCAUUUCCAUUGUUCCUUCAUUCUCUCAAUUCACAGAUACGAAAAUGGAGGCAACAAUGUCGGCGGCGUGCAACUCUCUUACUUCACCUUCCACCGUUCCCGUCGUCACAGGUUUAUUUGCGGUGAGAGGUGGAUUCAACAAGAAUUUGCAUUCUCAGUGUAGUUUCUUAUCGGGAACGAACAAGGUGAAGUUUCCGAGGCAAAUUGCUCAACCUUAUAAACACCGCCGAGCAUCUCAUUGUAGUGUUCGUCGUGCAAUUUGUCGUGCCGAGAAGAUCUUGGUUGCGAAUAGAGGCGAAAUUGCUGUUCGUGUUAUUCGUACUGCUCAUGAAAUGGGGAUUCCUUGUGUUGCUGUUUAUUCCACCAUUGAUAAGGAUGCUCUUCAUGUUAAAUUGGCUGACGAGUCUGUUUGUAUUGGUGAAGCUCCCAGUAGCCAAUCGUAUUUGCUGAGUUCAAAUGUUUUGGCUGCUGCUAUUAGCCGCAAAUGCUCAAUGUUGCAUCCUGGAUACGGUUUCCUUGCUGAGAAUGCUGCGUUUGUUGAUAUGUGCACUACACAUGGAGUUAAUUUUAUUGGGCCUAACUCUGACAGUAUUCGGGUUAUGGGUGACAAAGCAACUGCUAGAGAAACAAUGAAGAAAGCAAAUGUCCCCACUGUUCCAGGAAGUGAUGGGCUUUUGCAGAGCACUGAAGAAGCUAUCAGGCUGGCACACGAGAUUGGUUUCCCUGUGAUGAUCAAGGCAACCGCAGGUGGUGGAGGACGGGGUAUGCGUCUUGCUAAAGAACCUGAGGAGUUUGUUAAGUUAUUACAGCAAGCUAAGAGUGAGGCAGCUGCUGCAUUUGGAAAUGAUGGGGUUUAUUUGGAGAAGUACGUUCAAAACCCAAGGCACAUUGAGUUCCAGGUUCUUGCUGAUAAAUAUGGUAAUGUUGUUCACUUUGGAGAGCGUGAUUGCAGUAUCCAGAGGCGUAAUCAGAAACUGCUUGAAGAAGCACCAUCUCCCGCAUUGACCGAAGAGUUACGGAAGGCAAUGGGAGAUGCAGCAGUUCAAGCUGCCGCAUCUAUUGGGUAUAUAGGUGUUGGAACAGUUGAGUUCCUUUUGGAUGAAAGGGGUUCUUUUUACUUCAUGGAGAUGAACACUCGUAUCCAGGUUGAACAUCCCGUGACAGAAAUGAUUUCCUCCACUGAUUUGAUAGAAGAGCAAAUUCUUGUAGCUAUGGGUGAAAAGCUUCGAUACAAACAGGAGGAUAUUGUUCUCAGAGGACAUUCUAUUGAGUGCCGUAUCAACGCAGAAGAUGCUUUUAAGGGAUUUAGACCAGGGCCAGGUAGAAUUACAGCAUACCUGCCGUCUGGAGGUCCAUUUGUUAGAAUGGAUAGCCAUAUUUAUCCUGAUUAUGUUGUUCCUCCAAGCUAUGAUUCCCUUCUUGGAAAGCUGAUUGUAUGGGCUCCAACUAGAGAAAAAGCAAUUGAGCGCAUGAAAAGGGCACUUGAUGACACUAUUAUCACAGGAGUUCCUACAACUAUUGAUUAUCAUAAACUUAUCCUUGAUACACAGGAUUUCAAAAAUGGGAAGGUUGAUACUGCUUUUAUUCCAAAGCACGAGGAGGAGUUGGCCGUGCCCCCGCCGGCGAAGAGGGUAUUUGUUCACGAUGAGACAGAAGUUAACAAUGCGACAGAACCAGCUGCCUUGACUGCCUGAUGGAUAUGACUAUGUGAUGCCAUCUCUAUAAAGAUUUGCAUUGUUGUAAUCGAUAUGUAGUCCGUGGGCGUGUUUGUGAAAGUUCUAAUGAAAUUUUGAUAACGAGUCUCCCACACAAUUAUCUUAUCAAUAAUUAUACUGUAAAAUGAAUUAAUUAUUUUAUGUUUUAUUUAUCGUCCCAAGUGUUAGUGCUAGGUUAUGGGAUUUUACAAUGGUUUUUAUAGAGGAUUUUUGUCUCAUUUCAUGUUUGUAAUUCUUGUAUUAAGAACACAAUUUUAGAUAGAGUAAUAAACUACAUAUUUAUUGCAUAA